AUGCAUCAUAGUUAUGUACAAAAAUAUUUAGAAAUGUAUGCUAAACAUUUUGAUUUGAUUAAAUAUAUUCAUUUUAAUACUGAAGUGAUCGAGGUCCGUAGGGUUGAAGGGGAUGAUCAAACCAGCUUAACAAAAUGGAGUGUUUCCCUCUCCAAUGGAAUUACAAAAAUAUAUUCUGCUGUGCUAAUAUGUACCGGCCAUCAUUGUGAACCGCGUAUUCCUACCGAAAUUAAUGGCCUAACCACAUUCAAAGGAAGAGUUUUACACUCUAAGCAUUAUCAUGAUUAUAAAGGUUUUGAAAACAAACGUGUUAUGUUGGUUGGUAUAGGAAAUUCUUCGUUGGAUAUAGCUGUGGAGUUGGCUGGGAUUGCUAAGAAUGUUGUAAUUUCUACACGUCGAGGUACCUGGCUAUUUAAUAGAAUAACUCAAAAAGGAUUACCCUAUGAUGUGGUUUAUCAAAGUCGAUUUUAUGAUUGGUUAAUGAGAACAGUUCCUUGGAGUAUUGCAAAUGAUUUUCAUGAAUGGAGAAUGCAGCAGAGAACUGAUCACGAUUUAUAUGGCCUACGACCUCCACAUCGUUUUUUCCAACAACACCCAGCUGUUAACGAUGCUCUAACAAAUUUAUUAGCCAGUGGCCGCGACGAUAUAAAUUAUAUUGAUAAAUAUUGUGUUUAUACAAAGGAUGGGCGUUGUUAUCAAAUGGAUGUGAUUAUUUUGUGUACUGGAUAUUCUUUUGGAUUUCCUUUUAUUAAACCGUCUGGACUUAUACCUGUGACGGAAGACAAUCAAGUUGAUCUUUAUAAACUCAUCCUACCACCCUCACCAGCAGCAAAAGGCUUAGCUGUUAUUGGAUUAGUACAGCCAAUUGGAAGUGUUUCUCCUAUAGCAGAAAUGCAAGCUCGUUGGGUAACCUCAAUCCUUGCUAAAGGGCUUAAUUCUUUACCGGGUGAAACGAAAAUGAGAGAGGAAAUAGCCUAUAGACGUGAGAGAAUGCGCAGACAAUAUUUCGAGUCAGCUAAACAUACAAUACAGAUUUUAUGGAAAGAACCCAGCUUUGCUCUACGUCUACUAUUUGGUCCAAAUGUUCCCUACAUUUAUCGACUACAAGGGCCGAAUCUGUGGGCAGGUGCGCGUAAAGCUAUUGAGGGUGUUCCCUAUCGUGUUAAGACACCUUUAAAGCAGAGGUUCCAAAUAAUUAAAAAUAAAAAUACAAAGAAAGGAAUUGCAGACAAUCUUUUUGAUUAUUCUUUAACUAAAUGUUUGGCACUCUAUUUUACUAUAAUUUUUGGUGUGGGAGCUUGGCUAUUUGGAAACCAAACAUUUUCUUUCAUUCUUCAUAGUGUUGCGAUUAUUUUUGUAGCAUUUAUGGGUUAUAUUUUUUAUUUUGAUAUUUCUUGGCUGUAA